AUGAGACCCCUGAGACAAAACACUGCAGUCUCUUUAUUUGACUGGUUUGAAUCGGACUUAGAGAUCCUGAUUGUGAUGGAGAGACCCAGCAACUCCAUCGACCAUCUGGAAUACAGUGUCCUCCAUGAACCUCAGCCUAAAGACACCAUCAGGGACAUCAUCAAACAGCUGGCCCAGGACCACAAAAAUUGGGUUUUCCACCGAGACAUAAAGACCGCCAACAUCCUGAUGCAGGAUACGCAGGAGGGGGCUCGAGUCCGUAUUGUGGACUUUGGAUGUAGCUGCGCCGUCUCCACUACACUCGGCACAUGGGCACUCUGGACUUCUGCCCUCCGGAGAUGUUCCUCAGCCGCAGAUGCACAGCCUGAUCUUCCUCAGCCAGACGUGUGGCAGAUCAGGGCCAUCGCCUACGAAUUCCUCAAUGGCGACGCAAUAACCUUUGAAAUCUGCGAGUGGCUGUAUUGA